GAUGACCCAGAGCUUUAAGUGGUCAAAGCUCAAGUUAGGGAGAUGGGGGAACAAUCGGAGAAGCUUAAGGAGCUACAGAACGAGGUAGAGAAACAGAUGAAUAUGAGUCCACCUCCACACAAUGUUGGCCCAGUGAUCAUGUCCAGUGAAGAGAAGAUGGAGGCUGAUGCCUGUUCUAUCCAUGUUGGCAAAGCAGACUAUGAUGCAACAGCAGAAGGGCCAGAAGCACUCGUUCAUGGCUACGGUUCAAUCAACUGCGUUACCUUACUCUGUGACAGGUCUAGUGGCCAUCCUAAAGGGUUUGCAUAUAUAGAGUUCUCAGACAAAGAGUCAGUGAGGACUUCCUUGGCCUUAGAUGAGUUCCUAUGUAGAAGAAGACAAAUCAGGGUGAUCCCAAAACGAACCAAUGGACCAGGGUUUCCCAUGAGCCCGAGACCAUGCUGGACCACCAACUACAACAGUUCCCCCUCUCCAUUCUACAAUGGUUUUACACUAUAAUGGUUUUACCGGCCCUGGGGUUGCAUCUACAGGGGCCAGGCUAGAGCAACAUCAUGGUAUUCCCUUUACUUAAAAAAAAGUGUGUAUUAG